AUGAAAUCCCCUAUCCCUGAUUACCUGAACCAAGUGCUGGAAAAUGCACGUCCUAUUGAGGGUGGCAAGCCUGCCAGUUACAUCGAGACCCUGGCCAAGGCAGACACAUCCAAAGUAGCGGUGGCCUUGGCUAUGGUAGACGGCGAAAUAUACUCAGCUGGCGACGACGAUAUUGAAUUCUCCAUUCAAUCCAUCUCCAAGGCUUUUGUCUACGCGCUCGCCAUCGAAGAUGCAGGCCUUGAUAAGGUGUUGGAGAAGAUCGGUGUGGAGCCUUCCGGCGACGCGUUCAACAGCUUAUCCCUGGAACGCGGCAGCAACAGACCCAUGAACCCCAUGAUCAACGCCGGAGCUAUCACGGCCCAUUCUCUCAUCGGAGGACCCGACUGGACUGCGGAGCAAAGGUCGAAACGUAUUCUUGACGCGCUUUCACUAUUGGCUGGUCGACAAUUGCACGUCUGCGAAGAAGUUUACGAAGCCGAGUUGAGAGGAGCUGAUCGAAACAUGGGAAUCGGAUACAUGCUCAAGGCAGCAGGAAUUAUCACCGGCGAUGCGGCGCAGAUUGUCAAAGGAUACAUUCGCCAAUGCGCCAUCAACGUUAAUGUCCGCGACUUGGCCACCAUGGCAGCGACCCUCUGCAACGCAGGAAUUCACCCCAAAUCUGGAGACAGAAUCAUUCCCCAAGACAGUGUCCGACAGAUUCUCUCCGUCAUGAGCACAUGCGGUAUGUACGAUGCUGCGGGCGACUGGCUCUCAAGAAUUGGUAUCCCAGCCAAGAGUGGUGUCGCUGGUGGUAUCAUUGGCGCUCUGCCUGGUCAAAUGGGUAUUGCUGUCUUCUCACCCAAACUCGAUAGCCGAGGAAACAGUGUACGAGGUGUAGCUAUAUGCGAGCAGUUAUCAAGCGACAUGGGUCUUCACAUGAUGGACGUUAGCCAAAUCGCCCAAGCAACUGUCCGUACAUCUGUCGCUACCAUCGUUGCAGGCGAGAACGAACCCCACCAUUCAAACUGCAACAAAGAAAUUCUUAUCUUUAGCCUACGCGGUGUUGUUCGCUUCGCAGGAUCGGAGCGCCUCACACGCGAGAUCACACGAGUCCUCGGUCCCUUAAACCCCGAUGACCCCGGUUGUGGAAGCAGCCGUCACGCAUGCGCCAUUGUCUUUUCCUUCCGCGACGUCUUUUCAUUCAACGCCGUCGCUCAACGAAUUAUUCAAGCCGAUAUUACCCGUCUUCUUCUCGACGGAAGAACCAUCGUCGUCAUCGACCCCUCAGGAGUCUUGACUAUCGACACAGCACGCGCAGGCAAGAAGCUCAAGGUCGUCGAAACAGAAGGCGAAGCGAGAGAUUUCAUCGGAGGAAUUGGAUGUCACACCGUUAAUAAGAGCGAUGAAUGGUGA